AUGGAUUGCCACGUAUUAUCUCUCCUCUGCCGUCUGCUGCUCUGUGCGACUGUCUGCACUGCCUACGGCGCGGCGUCUGCCACAUCAUUCGCCCCGCUACUCUCUCAAGACGGCGGGUCUUCUGCCGCUUCAGCCGCUCAGGCGACCAAGCCCCUAGUUUGGAAGGGAAAGACAAUGGUGAAAUACGUGGCCAAGCUGAGUCCUACCAAGCGCAACGGGAAAGUAGUCGGCGACGCAGGAGCUUCAGGGAAAAUCGUGCUGAAGGCAGUGAGGUACUCUGCAACCUCCUUCAGAGUUCUAAUCGAUUUCCAGUUCCUAAAUGUCGGUGACCUUUGA